AUGGUGCUUCUGCAACCCGAGGCUCCGGUUCGGAACAAAACUGGUCUGGGCUUCCUUGGCACGGUGGUUCGGCGCGCCUCAACGUCUGCCUGGGCUUCCCAUACCGAGCUUGCUUCGGAACUCUCUGGAGGUCAAGCAGGCCAGCACAAAACCCCAACGCUCGCUUCAGGAGACCUGCUUUUUCUCCUCCCAAGUUUCGCUACCUUCAUUGCUAGCCAGGAGCUUUAUGCCGCUCUCGAAUCUGGCGACCUGCUGAGAGCCCGAGCGCACUUGGCGGAGGACGUGGACUGGUGGUUCCAUGGUCCUAAAUCUCGCCAGCUGCGUUGCAUGCAAUUUCUGUCGCUGAUUGUCGGCGAAGUUGAUUCUGAUGGUGUGAAGUUCAUGCCCGUCGAUGUGACUGCCAAAAACGACAAGGUUAUUUCAGAGGGUGUCAGCAUCGUGCGAACCCGUCGUGGAGCGCUGGUGGAUGUAGCGUGGGUCCACGUGUGGACGGUGUCGCCCGUCAGCGGCAGAGUGACUGGACUCCAAGAGUUCGUUAACACUGCCGUUUCCGCGACUGUACUUGGACCUGCUUCUGGCGCGCUAAGCUCGCUGCCCGCGGCUUCUUGCCGCGAGGCUAUGGCUUCCAGCUCGAAGCUAGUCCUUCCCCCGCUUCCCCCGCCCCGUUUCCGCUCGGCGGAAAGCUCCGCUCCGCCCAUGGACGCGUUCCCGGAGGAGCUGCUCACUCCGCCGGUGCCCCUGGUGGCGCUGCUGGGCGUACCGGAGCUCCACGUGGCAAUCGCGCAGUACCUGCAGGCGCAGUCCCCGCCCGUGGCGUCGGUGUUCGUGCCCGACCGCGCGGACGCGGCGGAGGUGAGCGGGAAGGAGCGGCGGCCCGCGGACGCCAAGUGCGCGCCGCCGCUGGGCGUGCUGAAGGCGGAGUGGGUGAAGAAGCACCGCGAGCGCAUCCCCGCGGCGGCGGUCGUGCUGGUGGAGAAGGCGCUUCUGUGCGGGGACGCGGGCGCGUGGCAGUCCGUGUGCGCGGAGAUCGACCAGAUCAAGAGUGCGUUGAGGGGGCGUAAUGUGAAGCUCGUGCUGCUGCUUGUGCAGGCCACAGCAGGCGGGGAGAUGAGUGAGGAGCGGCUGGGCAUGCUGAAGCGGCGGGCAGAGGUGGAUGGGCGCGGCUGCAUUCCCUUCCUCGUGGCCGAUGCCGAGGACCAGAAGCGCUCCCUCUCCCGGCUGUACGCGGUGGUGGUGGAGCUGUGUGCCAACUACUACCGGGACGAGGUGCGGCGCAUGCGCCUCAAGAUAGAGCGCCGCGCCUACUCGCACACCGAGCUCACCGUGCGAUACUACUUCAAGAUGGGCAUGUACUGUGAGUUCCGUCGCGAGUGGCUGCCGGCUGUCAAGUGCUACGAGGCAGCCUUCCUCUCGCUGCAAGAGCUCUUCUCAGGAGCAUCGGAGCGCUACCCCCUGCAAACCGUGCUCGAAGUGAAAGCAGUAGCCGAAGUCCUCAGCCUCAAGGUCUGCACGCUCCUCCUACACUCGGGCCGCGAGGUCGAAGCGGUAGGCUGGUUCCGCACCUUCAUGGAGUGGUUCCGAGCCCGCGUAGGCCCCCCAGAAGCCGCGUUUCUGCACUGGGGUUGGAUGGCGAGGCAGUACGAGGUGUUUGGGGAGCUGUUGCAGCAGAGGCUGGCGUCGUCUGGGCAUGUGGUGGGGACUCCGGCUGAUACCUUUGGGUUGGCGGCGCUGGGAGGGGACGGAGGCGGGGUGGGAGGGGUGCAGGCGGGGGCGUUUGGAGCGGUUGGAGUGAGUGUGGAUGGGUUGGUGGAUGUGCUGGCGGAGGGAAAUUCGGGGGUGGAGGAGCCGGUGUAUGUGGGUCAGGCAUGCCGCCUGGUGUUCCGAGGCCACGCACCACACGAGCAGCGCCCCACGGAUCAGGAGGUGUUGCUACACGAGGUGGUGCGGCAGCGGUCAGGGCACCUGUCAGGGGCGGUCAUUCUGCUGCAUGCCAAGGCCCACGACCUGUACCGCGGCAUCCACGCGCAGCGCAUGAUGGCACAGGUCUCAUGCGACAUGGCACGCGAGUAUCUCUGCAUGCAUGACUACCCCAACGCCAAGCUGCUCCUAGACGCCAUAGCACAGCUCUACCGCCGCGACUCCUUCCCCUCGCUGCUCGCCUUCUGUCUCCUUAACCUGCGCUCCUGCGCGCGCCACCUCUCCCUCCUCCCGGAUUUCCUCCUCUAUUCUCUCGAGCUCUGCACCCUCCCCGCGCUCCCCUCCCUGCCGCCGUCGUCUGCUUCCUCCUCUGCGCCUCAUGGAAAGGAGGAGGGGAAGGUGGAGGGGACGACAGCGCGAGCAGCUGGGCCAGCAGCGUUACAGGAGCAUCUGCAGGAGGGGAGGAAGCAGCGAAAACUCGCAGGAGCAGCAGCAGCAGCAGCAGCAGCAGCGGCCCUGAGAGUGGGGCCCACCCACCCGUUUCUCCUCUUCACACAGGAGUUACCCCACCUGCGUGCAGUCCUCUCUGCUACUGCUGCCUUUCCCCCUCGUCCCACGCAUCCCCCCUCGCCUCCCCGCAUGGGGCAGCCGGUGCAGGUGUGCGUGUCCCUGCUCACUCACUUCCCCAUCCCCCUGCGCCUGCAGCGUGUGCUGGUGCGGUUCAGCCAAUCCUGCUGCGACACGUGGAUUCCGAGCAGUGGGGAGGGGGAGGAGAGGGCGGGGGAUGGGGGGAAGGAGGGGGAGGGGAAGGAGGAGGGGAAAGAGGGUGAUGUGGGAGGGCUGGUGCUGCAGCCUGGUGUGUGGAAGCGACUCUCCUUGUCCGUCACUCCAGACGCGGGGAGAGAUGGUGACAGCUUCAGUGCAGGUGCGGAGGGCAGUGGGGAAGGGGAAGGGCCAAUGCCAUCAGAAUCACAAGAGCAAUCAGAGGCCUCUGAUUCAGAACUGCCGCUGGUGCUGGGUCAAGGCGAGUCCUUCACCCAGCUUUUCCACGUCACCCCGCGUGUUGCCUCACCCUCCCUUGUCAUCGGCUCGCUCUUGCUCACGUGGCAGCGCCAUGCAGCCCAGGGCAACAGCAGCAACGGGUUGCACAGUCACGGCCAGUCAGUCCUGCAAAUGCCUGCAGGCAUGGCAAAUGUCUACGAGAAGGCUCUGGCAAGCGGAUUUGGCAUCAAGCUUGCAGGGUCUGACCCUGACGCACUGACUCUAGACGCUGCAGCCCCACCCGACCAGCCACACCAGCAGGCAGCCCAGACUCUACCCCCCACAUCCCCAUUCCUCCCACAGCUCUCCCCAACCGUCUCGUCCCUCCGACCGUUCCCGCCCGUUCUCUCCGCGAACCCCAUUCUCGUUGCGUCGCUGCGCCUACCGCCGUUCACGAUCGUGGGGUCGCCCUUUUCCUUCUCCAUCCGCCUCUCCAACUGCACCACCUCACUGCAAGAGGUGGUGUAUCAGCUGCAGGACGCCCCAGGCUUUGUCUUUGCAGGCCAGCACAGCGGCUCGGUUACAGUGCUCCCCCGCGCCUCUCUCCGCCUCUCCUUCCGCUUGGUUGCGGUGGCAUCGGGUAUGCUGCAGCUGCCGCUGAUUCGGCUUCUGGCCCCCCGCCCUGCUGCCAAGCUCUACCCGUGCCUGCACACGUCGCGGCUGUUUGUCUUCCCCUCUGCUGCUGCUGUGCCUGCUGCUGCUGCUGCCGGUGCAGGAUCGGUUAGCAAGGGAGGGAUGAUGGGUGCCCUUUUAUUGCAACAAUCCUAA